CGGUUAUUGUCAACUCAACCGUACGCCGGAACAGUCGUCGUCGUUAUAGCUUUGCCUCGUAGUCCGUAAAUGCGACGGGUAGAAAGAUUUUCCUCUGUACAGUGUGAAAAUAAAGCAAGUGAGAAGAGUCUGUCUGCUCCGUGUGGUUGGUGGGUACACAAAUUUUCUUCUCGUGUAUCAUCGCGCAUCUCUGCAGCUGCGAAUUGUACUUAAGUAAUCUAACUAGUACAGGGUCGUUUUGCCUUUGGCUGGUAUCGAACUGUUGGCGAAAAGUUGUGAAUUUUUGGAAAACGGGCGAUUUUGGAUGGACUUUGUGACCUGUCCGGGAGAUCGGUGAACUUUUUAAUAGUGGCCACGUAGUACGGUGUCGAAUUUUGUCUUGUAGCGGUUUGCUAAGUGACCAUUUGUUGAAAAUUCCGAAACAGAUUGUGUGCUCUCGCUGUUCGCGGAUAGCCUCUGCGCAGCUACAGUUUUCUUUAGGCCAUCGUCGUCGCGUAGAACCUCGACGACUUCAGGGCGCCGCCCCUCGACUUUCCGCUACUCAUCGUCAGUGUUGGGAGAAACUUGGAAAAAGAAGAGUCGUUCCCUCUUGUUGGGUGUCUGUAGAACACACGGGUUCGCUACAGAGAGUGUGUAGUCUUGGAAAAGAAAAAAAAGAAUCAUAAGCCUCCUCCAGUUAACCGCAAGGAGUGUGUUGGUGAAGAGCUUCCAAACCCCCGUAGACCCGGAGAAACGAAACGCGAGUGUUGGUGUUUUUGGUUUUAAGAAUUUUUUGGUUUUUUAGUUCUUACUAAAGUUAAAAGUACGGGAACCGAGUGAGGGAAGAAAACAAGAGAAAUCAAAACGAAUGUGUCACACGCACGCAACCUGAAGAGAAGCGUAGCGAGUUUACAACAAGUUGAUUCAUUGGAAUUCCGAUACGUACACUAGUACAAAAACGAGUGUGAGAAUAGUGUUCUUCAAUUCGUAACGACCGCGCCGAGUAUUAUUAUUGAUGAUCGUAGAAUUGCCCAGAGAGAUGAAAAGUCGUCCAUAGGUUCUAGAACUAGAUCCCAGUUGUGUGCUAUUCAGGUUGUUUGAGCUCUGGUAAAAAGUAAACUGCAGGCCUAAAUUUAAACUAUCUUCUCUAUCUCUAUUGUAGUGCACAUUGCAAAGACACCGAGUUGAAUCGGAGUUUGUACCACGCAAAAAAGUCAGACCGUGAUCAUUGAGAGAAGUGUGUUGUUAGUGGAACCAAACUUGACCCCCAGAGAUCAGUCAGUCAGUCAAAAUGAGUACGUAUAGCAACAGUGGCAACUCGGACCACUCCCAGUCGACGCAGAGCAUUGCGGACUAUUUGGCACAGUUACUGAAAGAUCGGAAACAGCUGGCCGCGUUUCCGAAUGUGUUCAACCAUGUUGAGCGACUGCUGGACGAAGAGAUUUCGAAGGUUCGUGCCUCACUGUUCCAGAUCAACGGAGUUACGAAAGAACCUCUGAAGCUUCCGGAGCCUGAGGGCGAAGCAGUGACAUUGAACGAGAAGGUCUACGUGCCAGUGAAAGAACAUCCAGACUUCAACUUCGUCGGACGCAUUCUUGGUCCGCGAGGUAUGACCGCCAAGCAGCUCGAACAGGAAACGGGUUGCAAAAUCAUGGUUCGGGGGAAGGGCUCGAUGCGUGACAAGAAAAAAGAAGAAGCCAACCGCGGUAAGCCAAACUGGGAACACCUGUCCGACGAUUUGCAUGUGCUCAUUACCGUUGAAGACACAGAAAACCGCGCUUCGGCUAAAAUCAAACGUGCGCUCGAUGAAGUCAAGAAGCUGCUAGUUCCACACGCCGAAGGUGAGGAUGAACUCAAAAAGCGACAACUCAUGGAAUUGGCCAUCAUCAACGGAACGUAUCGGGAUUCUACCACCAAGAAUGCCCCCGCCGAACUGAGCUUCGAAUCGGCCUACGAUGGCUGGAAACAGUUGGCAGCCGCCGAGCAAAGGCUAAUGAAUCCUGCCGCCCUCACCGGACUUGCACCGAACCAUCUGGCCGCAGCAGCACGGAAUGCAACAAAUCCGCUAGGCGCCCCACUCAUCCUGUCCCCACGAAUCUCAGUGCCAACGACCGGUGCCAGUCUCAUCACCGGAUCGGCGCCAACAACCAUCGAUCACACCACCGGACUGAUAUACGCCACGGCACCGUACGCCGACUACGCUGCCAGCUAUGCUGCCCUGGCCGCCGGAAACCCGCUGCUCACGGAAUACGCCGAUCACAGUUCUCUAUCCUUGUUCCAGGUCAGGCAGUACUAGGCUCGGCCACACCCUCUUACCCCAUGAGCGCAGGAAUCUACUACUACGGGAUGGGUGACGGUCAUUCCCCGCUGUCAGCGCCAUUCCGCUACAUGGUCUAACUAAACCACCCACCCGGAACUAGACUGGAGAAGGUGGAUUCAAGUUGCGAACUCUACAGUCAUCAUCCUAAACAUGUCGCAUCUUUGCGACAGGUUUAUUUCUGUCCAUCCAUUCAUCCAUCUCUGCCUAGGGUGCGAGUUCCAGCAGAUCCCGGGGUGACGCAAUUUCAUUUCCCGACAGCCAUCCAGCCAGCCAGCCAGCCGGUGCCAUCAACGUGUGUGAUUACUGAAUUCUUGUUUGAAUGCGUAGAAAAAUGUGCGUGAAUAGUUCAAGACAGUUGCGUUACCUUUACAAAGUGCGCGCGAGAUUCUUUCCAAUAGUGAGUGAGAUAUGUCCGGAAAGUGAUGAGACGAUUAGAAAUGCGCGCUAGUGCCAAUGGUUAUAUAUUUUUUUCAAUCUUUACUAUAUCUAGUUCAGCUGUAAUUAUUUAAAUCGAGACAAAUGUAUUCUCACUAUCGUUCUGUCUGGGAAGACAAGCCUGAAAACCUUUCUCUAUAUUUAGUUUUAGUUAAAGUUACUUGAAAUUAAGCCACGUGUCGUUAGGACAUUUAGGGGCGGCUUAUGAUCGGGAUGAUUAGUUCAAUUGUUAUCGUUACUUAUGAUGACGCUCGAGAACAAGGAAAAGCGAACGCAUCGAAAUGCUGGCGAACGUGUUAAUAAUAUUCAAUCCAAUGAAUGUCGUAUUUCCGAGCAGGAAUUUUGAGCGAUCUGCUGCUGGACACUGGAAGGACUGAGAAUAUCAAUGCAGUGAAAGAUAUGUAGCUGAUUUCACUCCAGGCCAAGGACAUCAUAAUGGCUAAAGAAUCAGGUCACCUUCCGGUUACCUGCGACUAUCUGAGAGCAACAGAAAGGAAGCCUAUACAAAACCAAUAAGCCAUUAGCUGCAAUCACGGUGGAACCCCGCUACGUGGAUUAUUUCUGUUGACCCUUGUCGCGUAACCACUUUCGGAAGAAAGAACCUGUUUGAAGCAAGAUGAAUCCAGCAAGGAAAAAUAUAAUGAUAUCCAGCUCUGAAAACCCAGAGACGACAACGAAUGAUAAGGGAAUAUCCAAGCCCGUUUUCCAAAGGUAGAAGGUCCAAAAACUGUCCAACCGUGUCCGGCCAUAGACUGACCCGAAAAGAGAAAGGCGCAGACAGGAAUCGCGCAAAGAAAGAAAUUCCCUCCCACGGAAAGAGACAAAAAAAAAAGGUGUAAUCAAUCGACACAGAUUUAAGGAACCGAGGAACAACAACAGCAGAAUAAAAAAGCCCCGGCGACGACGAAUACGCAAAAAGGUAGAAUGUGUCUGUAUGAAAGUGAGGCGUAAACAGCACAGCGCAGAGCAGCGUUUGGAUUGAUGAGAGACAUUCCAUACAAACCGUUAUAAGAAACAAGCAAGUCCGGCAAGUUUUUGAGCCCCCCAAAAAGUCCCGAAGCGAAGCAUUGAAGAAGGGGAAAAAACAACCGUGAAGAUAUGUCACAGAAAGAGCGACAUUUUUGCCUUUUUAGAUUAUUUCCUAAAAUCCGAGAAGAAAUAGCAUCCCUAAUGAUUAGAAAAAAAUAAAGCAAAGGGCAACCGUUUGCGUAGCGAAAACGUGUGAGCUUUUGAAGCGUAAACGAUACGCGUGAUGAACAGUUUAAAAGUAACUAGAAUUCAAGUGCCAAACUUGUGUUCCUCCUCCAGGAUCCCACUGUUUCCAGUUGUUUUUUGGGUCACGUCCAGUGUUGUUGUUGUAGUUGUGCAUAACUUUGGUCGAAAAAAAGCAUUCGUCCUCAUUUUGGGGACCCCUGCUUCGAGAAACCUUCCGCAGAACCGAGAGAUGUUGCAUGUAGCGAUCAAUUUUUGCGAGCGACCUACGCCAACAAUUUUAAUCCACAAUCGUGUGGAGUAAGGAGAUAAGAAUGUGCCCCGAGCCAGGGUGAUCCUCAACUGACUGGUUUUUUAUUGAAUUUUUCAGCAGUUGUAUGAUCAGUUUUUGGGAUCGAACUACCUGAAGGAAUUGAGGUUUAGUGUAAACAUACAGUCAUGAAAAUUUUGAAAGAAGUGAUUUUAACACCAUCAUCAAGUAUUUUCUUCUCAGUCUUUCACAAUGUAUAGGAUAUUAAAAAUUAAGAACAACUCUAAGAGUACUUCAACAUGGUCACUCAUCCCGAAUGAUUAAAGAGCAAAACUGCAUUACAAUGACCUCUUUAUGACGUAAACAAAAAUUUAGGAAUCUUUUCGAAGAACUUCCGGGGAAAAGAUUUGUAUUUCACAUUUCAGAACUAUGGUACGUCUUAAAUAGAGUGUCAAUUUCCCGACCAUUUUUGCGUUUCCGUGGAUCGGGAAAUCCGAGCAUUCCUUUUUUUAAAUCAUAGUUCAGAAACUAAAACUGAAUUUCUGAUUUAAAUUUGAGUUUCGAAUCUAAAUUAUGAAUCUGAAUUCUAAGUCCUAAUUCAUUUUGAAACUGAAUUCUAAAUAUGAAUUCUGAAUCUGAAGUCUGAGUCUGAAUUUUAAAUCUGAAUUCUUAAUUCUAACUCCUGAUUCUGAAUCUGACUUCUUCAUCUGAUUUCUGAAUCUGAAUUCUCAUUCUGGAUUUUGUUAUUUGAGUUCUAAACCAGACUUCUAAAUAUUCUAAAUUGGGAUUAAGAAUUUGGAUUAAGAUUCUUGAUUCGGAUUUUUAUUCUGAGUCUUAAUUCUGAACCUGAUAUCUAAUCUAUUCUUUAUUCUUAAAUAGGAUGAAAGAUUUUACAUACAGUAUGCAAAAAAGUUUAUCCACCCCCAGCGAAAAACUCGAUGUAUUCCAAAAAACCCUACGGAAAAUUAAAACACAGGUAAUUGUUGUUCAGUUUAUUAUUGUUUAUGUUAAAACAAAGUCAAUUCAUUCAAGUUCCAAAUAAAAAACAUAUUCUGUUGCAUUUGAGAUAUGAUGUUAAAAAAAAUAACGCAAAAAAAGUUUAUCCACCCCUCUGGCUCACGUAGCCUUUGUACUUCGUGUGACCUCCUUUGGCUUCAAUAACUGCUUGACAACGUCGUGGCAUCGAUUUAACAUGCUUAGCAGUUGUUUCCGGGGUGAUUUUGUCCCAUUCAGUUGAGAUUAGAGUGUCCGUCCCGGGAUUUCCCGGGCGGGAAUUCCCGGGAAUUUGAAAAAUUCGGGAAUUCCCGAUUCCCGGGAAACGUAGUUUCAUUCCCGGGAAUUCCCGACAUGAAUGAAAUUAUUUCUCUGGAAAAGCCUGAAAGCCUCCGGAAUAAUUCUUAUUGUUCUUUUUGAAGUUGUAGUCAUACAAAAUCAUUGAUAAUAUGCCGAUUCCUGUGGCAUUCCUGUGGAAUUCCCGACAUGAAUGAAAUUAUUUCUCUGGAAAAGCCUGAAAGCCUCCGGAAUAAUUCUUAUUGUUCUUUUUGAAGUUGUAGUCAUACAAAAUCAUUGAUAAUAUGCCGAUUCCUGUGGCAGUAGACAUUUUGCAGCCAUUUAGUGCUAUUUUUUAUAUUAAAAUAGAUAAGUUUAGAAAGAUUAGAUAUAUGUAUUUCCACACCGUAUUUAUCGAACGAAAACCCACAACAGUUUGAAAAAUAUAUGAAAAAUCGCGCAGCAGGUAGACAGAUUGUGUUUUCUCGAAAGUAACAUUCAUGCACUUGUUUUCUUGGCUUUGAAAGUUAGAUGAAUUUCAAAACCAUCGAUUUUUUUAAUAUGAUGAGCAAAUAUGUUAAGUUGGAAGAAAAAUGGUUGGAAUAAUCAAACAAGUAAAAACAUUUUUUUUUAUCAACCCCUAAUUGCUUGGAUAAAUUCUUCAUUUGACUUAUUUAGGUUAUUUCAUAGUUCGUUUUUAAUUUAUCAAUUUAUCGAACAAAUUAUGGUCUUGUAUGCACGAAAAGUUCGAUAAGCUAUGUAUAUUUGAAUAGAAGUGCAUAUAUUUUACAAGUUUUUGAAUGCUUCCCGGGAUCCCGGGAAUUCCCGGGAAAUAGGCCACCAGAUUUCCCGAUUCCCGGGAAAGGGAAAAUGACCGGGAAAUGGACACUCUAGUUGAGAUUACCUGCCGCAAUUGCUGGAUGCUUGUUGGUUUUUGCUCCUGAACCUUAAUUUUCAAAAUUGACCAGAGAUGCUCGAUCGGAUUAAGGUCGGGAUACUGUGCUGGCCACUCCAUAAUUUUGAUACGCUUUUCUUUGAACCAUUGCGAAACCAGCUUUGAGGUGUGUUUCGGAUCUCCGUCUUGUUGGAACGUACAUAUAUCUGCGCCCCAACUUAAGCUUUUGUGCAGACGCUGGUAGUUUCCGUCUCAAAAUAUCCAAAUAAACCUCCUUGGUCAUGAUUCCAUCGAUGAAUUCAAGUUCUCCAACGCCGGAUGUAGCUAUAGAUCCCCACACCAUGACUCUACCUGUAAAUGAAAAUCAAAGUUAUGCAAUGUAUGUUGAGUAACGCUCCACCGCAAUGCUUGACUGUAGGCCGCAAACACUCCUUUUUCAAACUUCCACCGGUUCGCCGCCUUUUUCGUGUGAUACCAUCAGACCCAAAUAGCAUUACUUUCGACUCAUCUGACCAAAUCACCUUAUUCCAGUCAUCACUGGUCCAUGAAAUGUGGUCCAAGGCCCACUUCAAUCUUUUUUUUAUAUUUUUUGCGGACAACCAUGGCUUCUUAAGCGCUACUCUGCCCUUAAGACCUUUCUUAUGAAGACGAUUUCGCACGGAUUGUGAUGUCAGUUAAAUGGAAAAUUCGCUUUCAAUCUGUUUCGAAAUUUUCGGAGCUGAUAGUCCCCGGUCCAGCUCUGCCUUCUUCACGAUAGUUCUGUCAAUUCGGCCUGUAGUCUUUGAAGGACGCCCCGAUCGCUUAGCUGGUGAGAUUGAACCACGCUGUUUGUACACCUGAACAAUCCUAGCAACCGUGUCUUUAUUAAGCUGGACAAUAUCGGCAAUAUUACGGUAGCUUUUGCCGGUUUUGUGAUGUUCAACUAUCAAAUUUCGGAUGCUGAUCGGUAUUUGUGCUUUUUUGGGCAUUUUGCAACCAAUGACUUCCAAUUUUGAACACGAAACACGAAACGAAAACUUCAAGAGCGAUAAAUGACAGCUAGACACAAUGUUUACAUUCAAGAAAGCUACAGGCUACACACUGAAAAUUUGGAAAACACACUUAAUUAGUUUUAAAACACAGGAACCAAGAAUGCUGUUUCCUUGUGUAAAAGAUCUACAAUUUUUAUUCUGAAGGCCUUUACCCAGCAAACAUGAAAUCGUAUCAGAAAUGAUAACUAAAGUCGUUUACAAUGAUGUUGCGAAUCGUAAUUCCAACUGCAUAGUGAAUAGAUCGUAUAAAUGUCGUCUGGAGUCAGUUUUGAUUGAAUAGGCAUAAGAUAGAAAGUUCGCCAUGUUUGUAAAUUUUUAAAUGAUUUUGCUCCCGCGCGGACUUCAAGUGAGAGAAUCAUCGUCGUGUUCUCUCUGCAAUCAGCAGUGUAUCCGUAUGAUGGCUAAAAAUCAGAUGGGAAUCGAGUCAUAUUGACCAAUGAGAGAUCUGGAAAAUAUUGUCGCUGGCAACUAUUUCAAGGCUGUGAGAGCAAAAUCUUGUGCUCUCUUGCAUUCUUCCGAUAGGCACGAAUAAGGUGUCGGAUAACGCCCAAUUGGUGUAGUUUUCAUCGGUUUAGAAAGAAAUGAAAUUUAUGUAUCUAAAUUGCCUCCACUUUGAUAGGUAAACGCUUUUUUUUACGUUCGUACGAUCAUUCUAUAAUAGAUAUGGAGCGUAUAUCAAAACAGCAUAAGAAUAUAACUACAAAAAUGUUUGAGGGGCAGCUCUUUUAUACGAGAUGAAUCAUCCCAUAGGAUGAAAGUCCUCGGAAAAACAGCACUUUCGCCUUGAUUAACACGCCUGAUUGUGUUUCCUCAACUUCCACAAAAUAGAUUGCUACGAUGAUUAUUUAGGUGUUGAAAUGUGACCAAGAAAAUUGAAUUUUUUUAAAACUACGUUCAAUUAUAACUCAAGUUUUUGUUCACCUAUUUGAUGAAUUUUAUUGUGUGGAUUCUGCUUGAAUCAAACCAAACCGAACCAAAUCCGGUCCAGACAAGAUAACCAAAGAAGGACUCCCUACCAUUUCGGGAUUGAGUUGAGAGUUGUUGUUCGCGGGCCGAUUUGCGCAUCAACAAAACUGAAACCUAUUACCAAACAACACUCGCUCUGCUUGGUCCUCGACUCAAUAAAUCCUACCUACACGGAUGUUAAACAACAACCGGGCCUGCCCGUUUCGCAAGGUGUGGAGGAGGACAUUCAAACCCAAAACCUGAAGCAAUGCACUCGAAAUGCAGAUUUUACAGUCAGUUCUUUCUCCUUUCAACUUAUUCUCCGUACUCGAGUACUGUUUUACUUUUUUCAUAUAGAUAUUUAACUGAAUGAUUACAUUGUAUAAAUAUUUUCUUUAUUAUUUAUAAGUGACCGACCCCAAAAUUGCAGUUUUACACGCAUGCACCAUCAGUUACCAGUUAGUAUUUCCGAUUAUCUUGUCCGUACUCUCGUUAAGUUUAUUGUAUAAAUGUUUUAUCCCUCGAUACGAAUAGAAUAUGCUUUAAAAAAGAUUCUAGAGAUUAAGUUGAACAAAGCCCUGUGUAUUUUGAGUAGGUGUAUACUUAGUAUGUAUAGAAAAUAAACUUAAAAAUGUGAAACGAAUCAAAUUUCUAAGAACAGCAACAUCACAAAACCGCUAGAAUGUAAGUUGUGUUCCACAAACGUCCGUCUUAGGAGAUAUUUUUUUAAAUCCAUUGUAUUUUUGAAAACAUCAUAUAAAAAAUCUACCGGCCGGAGCUAUUGCUUGAAUACCUAAAUACAUACAUAUGUGCUUUGUUAGAAAAUGUGGCAAACUAGUCUGUACUAAGUAGUGUUGUAAAAAUUGAAACCGAACAAAACAAAAAGCUACGAAAUAAAACAAAACCAGUUGUUGAAAUCCGACGAUUUUGAAAGAAAAGUGUACUGUAAACUUAUGAAUUGCUGCCAGUCCAACGCAAAGAUGACAUCUGUUAGAUGCAAAACUUUUUAAAUAUGACAAACAUUUGAGCAGUUGUGCGUAGGGUGGGGCAGGGUUGUAUUUUAUGACCAGCUUUUUUUUAGUAUUAUUAUGUAAGUAAACUAUUUAUGUAUAGCAAGCAA